AUGGCGCGCCGUGCCGCUCUUCUAGCGGUCGGACUGUUAUCUUUGGGAUGUGUAUUUGCGCAAGACUUGGCCAUUCCGACAGCUUGGGGUAGUACGACAUCCGGGGAUACGCGCGCGACUCGCGAGUCGUAUGCGAACAGCGCCGCGCAGGCGCUAGUGAGCCACAUCGCGAGCAACGGAAGCCUGUCCGACCAGGCCAAUGGACAGGCGCUUGCUAGCUUCUAUACGACACUUGCAUUACAGGAUCUGUUGAGCGGAAAUCAAACAUGGAAGGAUGCUGUAACCAACAAUGUGAAGACAUGGAUCGGCAAAAACGACAUCUUCGGAAACGGCACGACAGGCGUGCAACGGACGAACACAAACGGCAUUCAAUGGGCGCUCACAUUCUACUACGUGUACAAGGCCUAUGGCGACUCAUCAUUCCUCACGCUCGCUCAAAACACAUGGGACACGACUUAUACGGACUACAUUACCGCCCAGAUGAUCGCUGACGCGAAGACAGCCAUUCCGGCCAGUCGCAACAUCUCCUUCAACGCUUCGGGCUGCUUUCAAGAUUCCUCGAUUUCUCUCGGCGGCGUUUUCUGGCUGCCUGAUGUGAAGGACAAUACUCAGAUACAAGUGGAUACUGUUGGACCAUUUGCGACACUGGCAGGCUAUCUCUACGAGGCGACUAAGAACGAAACGUACAAGACAGCGGGCAUGAACACUGUCAACUUCAUGGGUAAUGAGGCCCUCUAUAAUGACACCUCCAAUAUCAUCCAUCCCGUCAUCGAUAUCAAUACCUGUGGUGUCAAUACGGGAGUCAGCCCCGGCUUUCAGGGUUGGUACAUUCAGCCGCUCAGCAUCUGGGCGAAUAUCACAAGCGACUCGGGUCUAACUAAACGCUUGCGACAAGUCGUCUCGACCGCGGCUCACAGUUCGCUGUGGACGGAAACGGACGGUGUUCUGCUAGAUGCUAAUGCUGGCGUAAGUGACAACCCAUGGGAUGAUAAAGCCAUCUUGAUUCGCGCGCUCGGCGAAGUAUUGCGCCGAUUCCCAAGCUCGUCUGACCUGGCGACAUUCGUUGAAGCCUUCAUCACGAUUCAAUACAACGGGCUUACGAGCAACGCGCGCUCCGGGGACAACUACUCAACGGUCAUCUUUGGUCCUCCUCCGCAAGCUUACACCAGCAAUGGCAAUAUCAUAGCGUUGAACGUGCUCAACGCAGCCUUCGACUAUCUGCCGCACAAUGCUUCUGCUACUUCCGCUCCUUCGCCAUCAUCCUCUUCGGACAGUACACAGGACUCGUCAUCUACACCGGUUGGUGCAAUCGUCGGCGGCGUCAUUGGAGGCGUCGCCGUUCUUGGCGCCUUAGUAGGGGCAGCGCUCUGGUACCGCCGAACGCACAGCCGCUCGCGCUCAGGCCCAAUGCAUGAGCCUUUCGACAAAGAUGACGAGGCCCCCACGCAAUCCUCACACUACGAUCCGUGGAAUGAUGCGGGUGGCUCUUCAAGUGCUGGCCCGAGUGCUGGUCCGGUCAGCGCAGGCUAUUCCUACCCUCCGCUUGCUGCCGCGUCCGCAGCGACAGUGCACCCCAAACUAGCGCGCAUGAAUGCACCGCCACCACCGGUUCGAUCAAUCUCCUCGACGUCACCACCUCCGAGCGAGGUACCAAGCCAGAGUACACAACACGAUACGGCUUCGAACUCCGGACAAGUACAGCCAGAGAAUAUCCCUGAGCUUGUUCGCGGCUUAGUGAACAACAUGCUACGGGAGCAUGGGACAGCACCUCCGGAGUACGACGGCUAG